AUGGUCCGUCUGCGUGGUGGCCUGGAUAUUCCUGGAUUGAAUGGGAUGUUGGCGAAGCUAUUGCUGUGGUCUGUCUCGAACACUGCAUUCUUCUUGAAGGCGAAGCCUGCCUUUGCAGACUUCGGUGUGCAACUGUCGAAGCCGAGCAGUUAUUACUUCUACUCGCAAAUGAUCGAGUCCGAAGUAGCGCCUGGGCUGAGGCUCCUUGAUCGGACUCUGCAAUCGUUGGACUUCGAGCCUGCUGACAGAGAAGCUGGUGAGUAA